AUGCAAUCGUCCGAUGAGCGUAUCUCUCGACCUACUGAGCCCGGAGGGCUAGUUCUCGAAGCCUGGGGCCAAGGCAUCAUGGUGGGCUCGCUGGUAGUAAUGGGCGCAAUCAUCGUGGCCAACAUGAAAAGCCAUGUGCUUCUUCACAAGCUCAUCUUGGCAGAGCUAAUUCUCGCUAUUCCACAUGGAUUAUUCAUCUUUAACAAACCGCCUGUCUACGGAUGGUACCUCUCGGCCAGUGCUAUCGGUCUUAACAUCUCUUGGAGUCUUCACAAUAUCAUCGCCUGGAUGAAAAGCAGACGCUUCUACUCUUACAGGGUAUCCUGUACAUACAUCAUCACAGUCAUACUGGUCCAACCAUACUGGGUACUGGAGAUAUACGCUAAUUUUACUUACUUCAACAACAUCAAUCGAAUCUACCAGACUACGAGACCCCUAGAACCAUUCUUUCGAGAUCCAUGGUGGAUAUAUACCACAUGCUCUCUCUUCUACACAAUCAAACGCGUCUACAACUUCGGUAUCCUGGAACUUGUCAAAGUUAGCCCACGCUUCGGGGUCAUGCUAGCGUCCAUGUGUCUCUCCAUAGUCUUCAUUAUCGUUGACACCUGCAGUGUCGUCAGCGCGUUCAACGACAUGUCGCUUCCCAUCGGCGUCGAGCCAUACUGGAAGGUAAGUCACACGACCCUGAACUUCCUUGGUCAUUAUUGUCCUCUCUGGCAAACGAGAAAUAAAACUCACAGGGGCGAUCUUUCUACGUCUCAGCUCUCCUUCAUUUUCAAAUGCCUCUGCAACACCGUGAUCCUCGACGACUUCGAAACAGCCCUCAACCGCAUCCGCACCUACCGCCAGCAGGAACAAGCGCGAAUGAGCAACUGGCCUAAUAGACAUUCUGGAAACAUUCAUCCGCAUUAUUCGGUCUAUUAG